AUGAAGCGAAAGGAGUUGCUAUCCCUUUGCGAAGAGCUGAUCAAGUCAUUUGACCCUGCAAAGACCACCGUCGACGCCCAUGCGACAGAAGAACUUGGAGGAUUAUCAUCAACGAGCGAUCAACAGUUCCUCCAGCAGGUUCUGUACGGGUCUUAUCGUUAUCGAGAGUUAUUACGACCCAUGCUCUCGCUGUUUCUCGACUCUCAUUCCGGUCAAGUAAGUCGUACCGACUACACCAAGUUUCUCAUCAUGGGGUAUCUAGCCAUGUUUCGUCUCGAAGAGCUAGGUACCACUGCGUUUGCAGGUUUGGCUCUGGCACUGCAGCCUACAAGUAUGCACACGUUUCUAUCGUAUCUUUUUAAUCCAGAGGAACUUAAAGGAACGUUGCAUGACCAAUGGACUCGUGUGCUUGAUACCGACUUCGUUGAGACACAAAUUAUUGACAAAAUGCUGAGUUUUAAGCCAGAGAUCGACAAGCUCAAGAAGUUAACUGUACCUGUGGCGCCUAACAUUACUCAGCCGAAGCCUCGAAAAGCUGCUGAACCCAUCCGUAUUCCCCGCGAGGUCAAGGCAAACCCAGUGCCUGCAUCCUUAAAUAAGCUCUCACUAGCAGAGCUCCAGGCUCAACAGGAGGCUCGAAAGGAGCGAAUGAAGGCUCAAGUGGCGAGUAAAUACGACUCUGCCGACGAAUUUCAGUUCGCAACUGCAGCUCGCGGCAGCAACCUCGAGGCAGUACGGGAACAAAUAGAGCGCGAGCGAGACGCAGCUCUGCACUUCGACUUUAAGGCCAAACCUGUUCCUCAUACCAAUACAUCCGCAGCCGAAGUGAAGCUUACAGCGGCCGUUAUCUUGCGUGAAGAUGCCUUGUUUAAACGCAAGCAAGAGCAUGAAGCAGCUGUAAUCCGCGCGUACGAGUCGGAGCUGCGUGAUCCCCUCGAGUUCUACCGCUGGCAAGCCAAUAUGCAGCAGCAGGACGAAGAGAACUAUCGUCGUGAGGUGGAGACUCGUCGACUCGAGAUGGUUCAAGCGCAAUUUGACGCCAUGGAGGCUGCGCGCCAAGCCAAACUGGAGAAUCGAGAGGUGGCCAUCGAGAUGAAGACACAGGCGAAUACGCGAGCUGUCGAGCGUGAAAAAGAAGAGAACGAGUUGGUAGCAAAGUACCGACAUCUUACUGAAGACGUCAAGCGUGUACGUGACACUGCACCGCGAGAAGCCGAGGCGCAGGUUCGAGAAGAAAACGCACGACAACGUGAUGCCUUGCUGGAGUUCCUGGCUACUGAAAGAGACCGUAAAGCUCAGCAAGAUGCCAAGGAGCGAGCAGCACGCGAAGACUUGAUCCGUCAGAUUCGAGCUCUAGACAAAGUUCAUCGCGAACACGUCGCUGUGUUCGACCCCACGGAGACAGCGCAGCUUGGUCUGCUGGAAGAAAUGUCAUUGGCUGAGCUUCGUGAACGUCUUCGCGUACGUUCUGAAGACCAGAAGCGCUGGGAAGAAUCUCGACGCGACACUAUCCUGACUGACAAGCAGGAGAAGAGUGCAGAUCUGCUCGACAAGGCGACGAGUGCUGCACGUCGACGUCGAGCGACAGCAAGUGCAAAUGCUGCAGCUCGUAGCAAGAAGAAAGCUCUAGCUGCAGCACGAGAGAUGGAGGAGCAAGCAAUACGUCGGAAGAAUAAUUUCGAGCUGGCAGAGAAGCUUAAGCGGCAACGAGAUGAACGCACUCAGCAGACCGAGAAGCUUCGCUCGGAGUCCGAGGAGCUGACUACGCGACGAAGAUUCCUUGGUGCUGCGAAGAAUAUGCUGGAAGAGAACCACUUUGACCAGCUCAAGUGUGGCUUUGAGCGACAGGCCAAGAACCGACAGAACACACACCAAGUUGAGUCGAUCACCAUGGAGAACGUCCGUGCGCAGGAACAUCGUAUGAAUGCCGACUAUCGUGAACGUCAAAGACGCGCUAGACAAGACGAAGACAAGGAGAGAAAUAGCUUAUACGCACGAGCCAAGGAGGACGCCAGACGACGCAAUCGCGAAGAAGAUGAGACGCUGCGAGCUCUUGUACGUCAUGAACAACAACGCUUCGCUCACGCUCGAGGCACUUUACAAGCUCGGAACAUGUACGCCACUAACCAGACUCAAAACAUGACAACACAAGCUCGACUCUUGUCAGCUACAAGAACAAAACUACAACCCAAGAUAUCCAUUAAGAAUCCUCGUCGAAACCAAGAGGAACAACCUCAAGUAACUUAG